AUGGCAUCGGAAACAGCUCGGGUUCUUGCCAUCUCUCUGCACAAUCAGCCAUGGUUUGACGAGAUGUAUGCCCCGCUUUUGACCGCCCUCAGGUCAAACGCGGAAUUUCAGCAAGCUGAACACUCAACCUCGGCCAUUCGGUUUUUAUCACAACUCCCGGAGCCUUCGGCCGUACUUAUAACAGACGAAGCCCUGACACUCCGGGAGAACAGUGCUGUCUGGGAAGCAGUUUUAGAGUAUGUCCGUCGCGGGGGCACCGCCAUUGUCAUGGGCCUCUUCCCCUCCUUCGUCCAACCAAACAGCACGAAGCCAUUCUUCUCCCGAGCAGGCCUACACUGGGGAACUGGAUCGUACCACAGAACAACCCUGACAUUAAACCGUGCCGCGGUUGAUGUGGCCAAUGCCAGGAAGCUGCCGCAAAGGUACAGUCAGAAGGCGGUCUUCGUGAACAACGUCGUACCAGAGAACAUGUGGUACAAGACCGAUGAUAACUCGUUGGUUCAAUCUGCGGUCUUCCCUCCCACAAGUGCCAACACGACCGGGGAGACAGCCGUGGCGAUGGCUACAGUUGGCAGAGGAAAGCUGGGCGAUAUAAGCUCCCACGAGUUCUUUGUGGCUGUCGAUGGACCUUACAAGAAGGAGUAUUCAAGCUACAUGGACUCGACGACAUUCCUGAAGGCUUACGACUCUGUUCCCGAAGAAAAGCGAUGCUUUUUCGAGCAGAUCCGCGAAGGCAAGGCCUGCAAAGAGUACUACGACAUCGACUGGACUCUUGCUUCCUCUGCCGACGAGAGUGAAAUAAAGCGACUGGAGCAGCAGGUGUUCGCUGCUUUUUUGAGAGUGCGCAACCAACACGCCCCCGAGUUUGCACUUGAUGAGGAGAAUUACCGUGUUCUCAGUGCAUCCAACAGCAAGAAGCUGUCGUUGCACAUCGUGAUCCCGACAUAUGUGUUUGAGAACAACCACCAGCACCAGAAGGCGUUCUUUCUCGCGUUCCAGAGGUUUUGGUGCUCCGCUCUUUGUAACGACGAAGACGCCGCGUUGCUCAAACGCAUCGACGAUGGAGUCUAUAGCAGGAACCGAAUCAUGCGGAUUCUCGGUAGUCACAAAUUCUUGGAUCCAAGUCGUCCAUUGAAGCGGGCAGAAUGGCAUGAGCCGUCCAUGUUGGCCGACGAGGAAGAGUUUCUCAUUACCAGCAUUGGACUUGACUCCAUCAAGGUCACCAGCGAUUUGUACGAGGUUGCCGCUGCGCGAGCACUGUCGACUGUAACUAGGAAACCUCGAGAAGCUAUCCAGUCGAGUCUGCCCAAGCACAUCGUGGAUGCUGUGACAGCUAAGUUUGAGCAGACAGAGCAUGCCGUCCAGUUCUUCGAGAUGCAGGGUUAUAUCGACCGUCCAAUGGACUUCCAUCUGGAACGCAAAGUUCAAGGCUAUUGUAUUGUUUGCGAGAGAGGGCACGAUCGAGAAAAUGCAUUCUUGAGACUUGUUCGCUCUGGGGCUAUAUUCCUGCACUGCUAUCGAUCCAGCAUUCCAGGAAAGGAGGUGUGCAAACGUGAUUUCGCUUUGGCUGUUGAGAUGGAAGCUGCUGUGGCGUUGCGAACGCGCCACGGACUUUCCCAUGUGGACAUCCCGGACCAUGCUCAAUACUUGACGCACUUCCAUCUGGCACCGCCAUUAGAGCCCUUGAAGUUGGUCGAAACUGUCAACCAGCCUCCCAGUCUGCUGAUUCGAUGCGACACAGGCGGCGGCAAGACUGUAUAUUUGGAAGCUCUUGUCAAAGCCAACAAGGAGUCCAAAUUCGUCGCCAUUACCCCUCGCCGAACGCAUGCAGACAUGCUAGAAAAGCGGUUCCACAGGUUUGAGAACUACCAGGACAGGCUGCGAGGCGUAAUUGCUUGUGAACGAUUGGUCAUCCAAACAGAGUCGCUGCACAGAAUCGACAUGAAGUACUAUCGCGACGACACGAUCCUGAUCCUGGACGAAACCAGUUCGCUGAUCAAGCAGAUGUGCAGCGACAAGACCCAUGGCAACAUGCACAACCUCAAUCUCCAGAUUUUCGAGCGACUUAUCCGACGAGCAAAACGGGUUAUCUGUCUCGACGCAGAUCUGAGCAACGAAGAGAUCGAAAUCAUGAAGAGUCUGCGUAGUGACUUUUUGGUUAUCGACAAUACAUUCCGACAGCAGAAGGACGACAAGGUUGUGUUGUUUGACGACAUGUGGAAGCUGAUCAAGGAGGUGCUGGUGCUACUUAAAGCUCGAAAGCGGCUAUACAUCUCAAGCACAAUGAGUGCAAAAUGGACUGAGGCCUUGGAUGCCAUGUUAACUGAAGAAGGCUUUAGAGGUGAAUGUGUGACCAAAAACACGGAGGAGGAAAAGAAGCGAGACAUCGGCAAGAACAUCAACGACACAAUGACCGAUCUUAACUAUUUCAUCCACACGCCUACCAUCAGUGUCGGAGUCGACUACAACGUCAAGGACCAUGUGGACUAUGUUGUUGGGACCUUCAGCACACACAGUGAGGUUGAUGUCGAGACAUGCAUGCAGAUGAUGCGACGCGUGCGACAUGUAAAGUCCAAAACGUAUCUUGUCCAUGCAAAUGGCACAACCGUCAAUCUUCCAACCACAGCGCAAGAAGUCAGAGAGUGGAUAUGCAAUCAGCUCAACAUUGUCACUGGCAAGGUCCAAGCGAGUCCAACAUUGAAGUUGCAGCUGGAUGACAAUGACGACCUUACUAUCCCCGAUGACCUGUACCAUCGCAUGUACUGCCACGUAAUGGCCAAAAAGCACCUAUCUAUGAACGGUUUCAGAUCGCGACUUAUUCAGCGGGCGGCUCAAGCAGGAUGUUUCGUCACAGGCAAUGGUGACAAACUACCUUUGGAUGAUCCGAUCAUCACCGCAAUGAAAGACAAGUUAGGAGAGAUUACGACCAUCUUGAAUCGGCAGAUUGCCGGCGCGGCUCCCAUCAGCCCAGACGAGUUCGAAGAGCUCUCGCGAGGAACACAAGAGCUGAGUGCUGCACAAAGGGCUUCAGUGCACAAGUUUGCGCUCGUGCGAACGUACGACAUCCGAGAGCACAGUAUCGUCUCUGGAAUUCAGGCUGAACAGGCGUUCUGGGGUUGUCCUUCAGAUUUGGAACGACCCCCUGAGAUGACCUCUAUGCUCAAGAGUGAUGUUCAGAUCUCGUCAAGCAUCUUGUCUGGAUUCUCGGCUUCCUAG